GCUUCUGUUUCGCAGAGUUGGUGACAUGGAACGGACAAUCCUCAGGUCACCUAUACACGUGACUUACCCGCUGGUGGGAGAGUUCGUGGCCUACCUGCUGGGGGUCAUCAAUGCGCUGUUCACGGCAGCAACGCUCGCCGCCGUUAGUAAGGCUCUGUCCGGGACGAUGGACUACAUGACAGGCAGGAAGGUGGAGGCGUUCGUGGGGCGUUUUGUAGGCCGCCUCCCUGGGUCGCAGGGCGCCCCAGACUUGAUCGCGGCGGGCGCCUCGCUCUCGGUGGCUGUCUUACUGGCGCUGGGCCUCGAGCAAUCUGGCUUCCUAAGAGCCAGCAUGGGCGUCACUUCGGUGCUGGCGCUUCUCUUCUUCCUUGUCGUGGGUGGAUCCCACACCGAGCAGAACACCGCCCAUUUACACCACGCAAUCUCUUCUGAGGUAUUUGUAGAUUACAUUGUACAAGUUUCUACAUGUUUGGUCCCAUGCUCAGAGUCCACCAGGGGAAAUUUCAGAGGAUUUAUUUUAUUCGUUUGGUUUAUAGCAGUCCAGCCAUUGGCAAUUCUGGGCCAAACAAUUGAAUAUGAGGCACUGCUUUGA